AUGGACGUAAAGCUACCUAUAGGGGAAGAGGACGCCGGCAUGAGCAACCCGAUCAAGGAGGAGGUCAAGAAGGAUGAAAUGGAUCUUUUGAAGGAAGAAGAUAUCUGGAUGAGUCGAUGGGAGAGAAUGAAUAAUGCUCUGGCGGCUGCAAGAACCGCGGAGCAACAAGAACCAGAAAAUUUGUAUGUAGCUGCUAGCGGACUGGUGAAUGUUAUCAAAGGCGCCGAUGUGGAAAAGUUCAUUUCCGAGAUUGAAAGUCUUGCCCCUCUAACAGAUCUGUCUGCCACUUUCAAUUUCCAGGGGCUAUCGAGGGGUUCACUACUCCACAUUGCAGCCGGGAUAGGCAAGGACGACAUCCUAAGGCUCCUACUUGAUUAUGUAGAUGAUUGGGGAGAUACCCCUCUCCACAUGACCGCUAAGGCCGGGGCAUCUGGAGCUGCCGCAAUGUUGAUUCGUCGGGCAAGAGACCUCCCCAACUUGGUGGACAAGAACCUGAUCCUGAGGAUGAAGAACAAACAAGGAAACACUGCUUUGCACGAGUCCGUGCUUAAUUGUGACAUCAAAAUGGUGCGCCUUUUGUUGAACGAAGAUAUGGAGCCCGUGCACUUGAAGAACGCGGAUGAGGAAUCUCCUUUGUACCUAGCCACCAAUACCAAGAACCCAGAGAUACACGAGGUUUUAUUUUCUCCCUCGCUUGAACCAUCCAAGAUACAAGGCUUGGCGCCGAUUCAUGGUGCCGCUGUGCAUGAUAACUGUGGUACGUACCUAAAUAUGCUUAUUGGAAAUAUCUAUGUCUAG